AACAGUUUCAGGGAACUGUGGCCAGAAGAAAACUCCAGAGAACAUUUGGAGCUUCAGAAAACAUCUGGAAAGCCAAAGAUGAACCUACUUGAAACAUUCAAAUCAUGGUUUCUAGUCUGCAUCAUGGUUUGUGUUUUCAUCUUUGGUGUUUUCUAUCUACGGAAUACAAUCUUCAAGACAGACAAGGAAAAAAUAAUCUCAAGGGAGUGUGGCUUUUAUCCAGAUGAACUUUGCUCGGCCCUUUUUGAUGGGAAGAGAGUUGCUUUUCAAAUUGGCCAACUGUGCCAGGAGGCAUUAGGGGAAAAAGACAUGUCCACCUGCAUACAAACACCGUGCAACUGUUCUACGCUGCAGAAGAAACUCCACUUCAUUACAAGGCCACUGUCGGAAGAAGAAAGGAACUUUUCCUUGGCGUACAUCAUCACCAUUCACAAGGAACUGAACAUGUUUAUAAAACUACUCAGAGCCAUUUACAUGCCUCAGAACGUUUACUGUAUACAUAUUGAUGAAAAAUCAUCAAAGGAUUUUAAGCAAGCGGUCCAAAGCUUGGUCGACUGCUUCGAAAACGUUUUUAUUGCUUCAAAGAGAGAAAAAGUGGUCUAUGCUGGAUUCUCCAGGCUGCAAGCGGAUAUCAACUGCAUGAAGGACUUGAUCCAUUUAAACAAUCAAUGGAAUUAUGUUAUUAAUGUCUGUGGUCAGGAUUAUCCCAUCAAAACAAACAAGGAACUUAUACACUAUAUUAAAAGCAAAUGGAAUGGUAAAAAUAUAACCCCAGGAAUUGUUCAACCACCUCAUAUGAAACACAGAACUAAUUUCAGUUACCAAGAAUUUGUACGUUCAGGAAAAUCCUAUGUCUAUCCAACUAAUAAUGUGAAAAGUGAACCACCCCACAAUUUGACUAUAUAUUUUGGGACUGCGUAUUAUGUACUCACAAGAAAAUUUGUAGAGUUCACACUGACCGAUGAACGUGCAAAAGAUUUGCUUGAAUGGUCAAAAGACACCUACAGUCCAGACGAGCAUUACUGGGUCACCCUGAAUCAUAUACCAGAUGCUCCUGGUGCUACACUAAACACAACUUGGCAAGGAAAUAUACGAGCAAUCAAGUGGAAAAAUCAAGAAGGACAAGCCCACAAUGGCUGCAAAGGACAUUAUGUCAGGGAUAUUUGUAUCUAUGGACUUGGAGAUCUGGAGUGGAUUAUUAAUUCUCCUCAUUUAUUUGCCAAUAAAUUUGAGCCAGCCACAUACCCACUUGUCAUGGAUUGUCUAGAAAGGCAUUACAGAACGAAGUUGCUCCAGGAAGCUGAAGUUCGUUUGGAAGCACACUGGCACUUGGAAGAAUAGAAGGGACAUCUGCACAUUUGGACUAACCAUAAUCUCUAUGGAGGGCAAAACAGAACCAAAGACAUGCUACAUUUCAACAUGUAUGUUCCAAAAAUGGAUACCACAUCAUAAGUAUUUAGCAUCUUGGACCUGAGAACAGAAAGGAAAAUUCUGAACGUGAAGAUUCAAUAUGCACAGCUCUAGCCUCUCUACAAACAUUAACUUAUCUGGGCAUGUCGUAGUUUUUUCUUCCUAUACAAUUGCUAUGAAACAAAUAAUUGGUGUAUAUUGGUCUUACAUACUUAGACAAUAUAGUUUUCAGUCCUUGUUUAGCAACUGCUGGCAGUUAUGAAGAUGACGUAAAAAUAAUUUUAUGAACAAUUAUUGCAUUUACAACUUUGGCAAGUUUGCAAAGCGAAGAAAAACUGCAGUAAAAUAAUAAGCACAAUGGCAAUUUACUUAAUGACUGCUGCUUAGCUUAACAACUGAGUUGUGGUCAACAAAAAAGGACUACGAAAUAUCUGAACUCUCUUUCACAUAAACCUCUUUCUAAUAGAAUGCUUGCUCUUUUAAAUGGAUUGCUUAAAAAUAGCCUCUUGACUUAAAUCUAGACCAGGGAUCUCCAACCUUGACAACUUUAUGACUUGUGAAUUUCCAAUUCUUAGAAUUCCUCAACCAGCUGGCUGAGGAAUUCUGGGAGUUGAAGUCCACAAGUCGUAAAGCUGCCAAGGUUGGAGACUCCUGGUCUAGACCAUGCCCUCUGAACUUAAAAGAACUAAAUGAAUCAUAAUUAACUUGUACCACUUGGUCUAAGAGGGAUAUCUAAAUCCAUAUCUGAAUAUAAUUAAUACAUUGUUUAUUCUUCUUUAACAUCAUUUUUCUACAUGCAAUUUUAUGUAAAAUUUAACUAAUAAAUUGCUGAAUAAAAAGUCAUAAAAUUAAUCAAAAAUUCCUGUCAUUUGAUAAUAUUGUUCUUCCAUCUAGUCUGGCCUAAUAAAGCUUUAUGUAAAACCAAGUAAAAACCUAUAAAUAAGUUAAUUAAUAAAUAUAAAUAAAAUUCAGGAUUCCAUAAAUCUUAAUUCAGAGAGAAGAGAAAAUGAAGUAAGAUAAAUUAGGUAGACAAAAAUAAAAGUAUAUGCGGCACUGAACUAAAUCUUUAUACAUCAACAAUCAAGAUUUCACUUGAAUCUGUAUGUCCUGAACUGAAAGUUUAUACGCAGCACAGUAUUAAUGAAAAUAUGCUGUAUAUUAUUAAUUUACCAUUUGAGUUCCUCUAUAGGUGACUGAAAUAUAAAGUCUGAAAAUAUAGAGGUAGUCCUUGUCUUAGGACCAUAUGUUCAGCAACUGUUCAAACUUGAAUGAGGGCACUUAGGGCCUGUGCCCAAUGUUAUGGCCGUUGCAAACACACAUACCCAUGGACACAUGACCAAAGUUUGCUUCCUUGGCCGGCACUUAUGAUUGGCCGCAGAGGUGCUGCAACUCCUCCCAUCUGCCUAUCUCCACUCCCCAGCUCCACCCUUAAAUGUCGAGAAAGUUCCAAUAGCGCAGCACAAAGCAGCCACACUGCCCAUGAGACUUCAAUGGUUCAAAGCAAUCACUCACACCACAAACACUCUCAAAGGCCUAGCUGUUUUCACUGCCCUGCCCUGCCCUGCAGUCACCAAGUUGAGUCAGUCAUCUGGUAAUCUUCUUAAUGGGUGCAGUGAAUUAUGACCAAAAUUCCAGGCUCAAUUGUGGUUGGGACCCAUAUCCCAAAGCGCAAUAGCUACGAGCUUAACCAGCAACAAACAAUCUACCAACAUAUUCCAUAUAACAACACAUAACUGUUUUGUUCCAAGUGAUGAUUGGAGAAGAUUUAAUAUAAAAAAAACACUCCGUAUCAUGGUUUACAUUUGCUUCUGUGUCAGACAUUUUAGAAAUUUAACUUGAAUUUUUAGAAAAGAGGCCCUACUAAAGGCCCAUAGGUCAAAUAAAACUCACACAAAAAAAUAAUUUAUUCUCAAUGAGGCGUGGCAUUUCCGCUACAUUUGUAAAGGAAAAUUCUUUGCAGAUUUCUUAAGCAGAUGAGCUUAACUUUAAUGUUAUCUGUCUCUAAUUUGUCUAACAAAGAUUCAAUCAUUUCAAUAUAUGAAGGUUUUGUUAAAUAAAGCGCCACUGAUCUGGUUUGUAUCUUAACAAUGAAUAUUUAUCUUUCCCCAAGAAUACAGAAGGUAGAUGUACUGGUAACUGCUCUAAUGUGAUUUGGUUACACAAAUAAAAUGGGCUCUUGUCCCUACAAAGACUUCGGAAAUUAGGAGCACUAAAUGGGAUAGUCGGAGAACAAUUUGAUUUGCACUUUAAAAACCCUGUAUUUACUGUACUUGAGCCAACUUGACUUUUGCUCAUUUCCAAGCACAAUAAAACUUGUGGGAUUGGC